AUGAUAUCCUCCAGCUCCGUUUUAGAACCAGUGGCUAUUGUUGGCAUAGCCUGCGAAUUUGCAGGUGAUAUUCAUUCUGCCAAUGAUUUAUGGCAAGCGUUACAAGAGAGCCAAGAUGUAGGUAGUGCAAUUUCGCGUGAUCGACUUGAUCUUGAGUCUUAUUGUGCUCAUAUGUUUAACAAGGAUAAUGAUGGACAAUUUCGUCAAAAACUUAUUCGUCGAGGAUAUUUCCUAUCAAAUAAUCAAUGGGAUAUGUUUGAACCAAGUUUCUUCGGUCUGUCCGAUGCUGAGGCAGGUAGUAUUGAUCCAUGUCAUCGACUACUCAUGCUUAAGUUUGUCCAUUUACUUGAUGAUGCUGGUUACAGUAUGGAGAAAAUGAAUGGUUCUAAAACAUCUGUUCAUAUUGGACAGGCUUCUGCAGAUCAUGCUAGAACAUCAUUUCGCAUCGAACCAGAGCAUCGAUCGAGAUUUCAUGGUCCUAAUAGUUUACUCUACAAUGCUGCUGCUCGGUUAUCCUAUCAUUUUAAUUUACAAGGUCCUAACGUAUCAUUGGAUGUUGCCUGUUCAUCGUCGCUGGAGGCUGUACAUUUAGCUGUGCAAAGUCUUCGCACAAACGAAGCAGACAUGGCUGUAUGUGGUGGAGUGAAUGCUGUCUAUUCACCAGAAACUUUCUUAUAUAGUUCAAUUAUGGGCGUUCUAUCCCCUGAUGGACGAAGUCGAUCAUUUAGUUUCGAUGCAAAUGGUUAUGCAAAAGGUGAUGGUCUUGGUCUUCUACUAUUAAAACGACUGAGUGAUGCCGAGCGUGAUAAUGAUCGCAUAUAUUGUGUUCUUCGUGAUAUACAUAGUAACCAUGAUGGAAAUGAAGAUAAGAACAGUUUUGUUGUUCCAUCAGCUGCCGGUCAGGCACGGUUACUCAAUGAUAUUUACAAGCGAGCAGACUUUGAUCCUCGACGUAUUUUUUAUGUCGAAGCACACGGGACUGGUACGCCAAUAGGUGAUCCCAUUGAAGCCAAUUGUUUAGGUCAAUUUUUCAAUCGAUCUUGUUUUGAUCCACCAUUAUUAAUUGGUUCUGUUAAAAGUAAUUUAGGACAUACAGAAGGAACAGCUGGUGUUGCCGGAUUAAUUAAGAUUGCCAUGUGUAUGCAUCAUCGGAGUAUUCCAUCAAAUAUGCACUUCACAUCAUUAAAUCCAAAAAUUGAAGCACAACGAUAUAAUCUUCACGUUGUACAGCAUUCCGUACCAUUUCCUUCAGGCAAUGAUAUUGAUUCUAUAGCUAUGGGCAUUAAUUCAUUUGGCAUAGGAGGCAACAAUGCACAUGCUAUUGUUGAAGAAUAUCAAGCAAAUAAAACAUCAGCUACGAACAAAUUUGAAAAUAAUCAGGUUCAGAAAAAUGAUAUCGAAAGUGAACAAUAUUUCAUUUUUAUCUUCUCAACAAAAAGUCGUAAAUCUCUAAAUAAUCAAGUAGCUCAAUUCAAUCAAUGGUUCCAAAAGAUAUCAAUCACUGAUAUUGACAAUAAUUUUGUCUUUCUUCAACGCAUAUCUCAACAACUUCUUCUAAAGCGUACUAUUAGUCAUGCACACUUAGCCAUCUUCAUAUUUGCCGAUAUUAAACAACUUCAAGAACAAAUCAAUGCUUUCCUUGUUGAAGAAACAUUACCCGGUCUUUCUAUAUUCGUGCGUCCAACAAUAUCAUUAGCAAAGAUAUGCUUCGUUUUUAGUGGACAAGGUCCUCAAUGGUGGGCUAUGGGUCGACAAUUGUAUGAAAGUGAACCUGUUUUUACUCGAUGGAUUCAAUUGAUCGACGCUGAAAUGACAAAGAUCAACAAUGGUGAAUGGUGUCUACUAGAAGAAUUAAUUGGCAAAACAAGUGAAGACGAAUCUCGUAUUAAUGAUACAAAUAUUGCUCAGCCAGCUUUAUUCGCUAUUCAAGUUGGACUCGCUGCUUUACUUGUCUCAUGGAAUAUUUAUCCUUCAACAAUCGUCUCACAUAGUGCUGGAGAUCAGGCAGCUGCUUUUGUUGGCGGUCGUCUCACGUUGCAAGAAGCUGUUCGUAUUGUUUAUCAUCGAUCACGUCUUCAAAAUCGUAAUACACGACAAGGUGGUCGCAUGUUAGCCGUAUCUAUGAGUGAAGAAGAAGUACAAAAUAAACUCCUCAAGGGUAUUGAACAUCUUGUUUGUAUUGCUGUUGUUAAUGGUCCUCGCUCCGUCACGUUAAGUGGUGAUGAAAAGAUUAUCGACGAAUUACAACAGACACUCUCAACAUUCUAUCCAAAUGUUUUUAAAGCACGUCUUCGUAUUGAAAAUGCAUUUCAUUCUUAUCAGAUGGAUCGAUUCGAUAUAGAAAAAGAGAUGUUAUCGUCACUUAAAGAUAUCCAAGGACUUCCUCUGAAAGAUCCUCAACAAAUGUUCAAUCCAAAAUGUGCUGAAGCUCAUCUUUAUUCAAGUGUAACUGGUAAUAAAUUAAGUGAUCAAAUACCAGUCGAUGCUCAUUAUUGGUGGUCAAAUGUGAGACAAUGUGUUCGAUUUCGUGAUGCUAUGGUAUCGAUUCAACAGCAUGAUGCUCCAACUGUUUUUCUUGAACUUUCACCACAUCCAGUUUUGGCUACAUCUAUUCGAGAAUGUUAUGAAUCGGCAAAUAGUCAACCACUUAUUCUUCCAACAUUGAAACGAAAAGAAAAUGAACAAAUAACAUUACUUACUAGCCUCGCACAAUUAACGACAUCGCCCUAUGUUUGGGAACAAUAUUUUCAUACUCGAGAUAUAAUACCGAUAGUAGAUAAUGAGCAAAUAUUUGAUGAUUUUCCAUUAUAUGCAUUUGAUCUUAGUUCAUGUUGGUAUGAAUCAAAAGAUUCAGUUAUUAAACGUCUGGCUAAUCGUAUUCCUAUUCAUCCUCUACUUGGUGUUCGUCAAUUAACAGGACAAACAAGUGCUACAUGGAAAAGUCUCAUCAAUAUCAAGCUACCACAAUAUGCUUACUUGAAAGAUCAUAAAAUUCAAGAUACAAUUCUCUUUCCAGCUGCUGCCUAUCUUGAACUUGUAACAGCUGCCUAUCACCAAUUAUUUCUAUCAUCAGACAAAGAGCAAUCUUCAAUUGUUUUGAAAGAAAUCAAAUUUGUCAAACCUCUCGGUCUUAAUGAGCAUGAGUUAACAGAAGUGUUUACACAGAUUGCCAUACCAGUUCGUGAAUGGUUUGUUUACAGUCGACCAUGGACAUCAGCUGGUGCAAAUUGUAUGCGUUCAUCAGGCAUGGCAAGUGUUGAUGUUAUUGAUUCUUUUAUCGAUCCAGAAACUCUCAGUCAAUAUUCAUUACGUGAAUUCACUCUACAUGCUCAUGGUUAUAUUGAGAUGGAUGGUGUUCAACAAAAAUUAACAACAUCACUUUCUACCAGUCCAACUUACAAAACCUGGUCCACAACUGAUAUAAACAGUAUUUAUACUCAUUUAUCAGCACGAGGUUAUGAAUAUGGACCUUCUUUUCAAAACAUUCAAUCAUUAUGUGGUACGACAUCUACAAUUGUUGCUCAAAUUAAGAGUAAUCUUGAUGCAAUUAUUGAUCUCUCUUGUUAUCAUUUGCUUCAUCCAAGUUUACUGGAUACUUUUUUGCACUCACCUCUAGUUUUGUUACCUGGUGUUGAUACUACGUUCCUUCCGAUUAGUAUUCGCAAAUUUGUUAUUAUGAACCAAGUGAACACAUCUCAUUCAAAUUUUGAAAUGCGUGGAAGAUUCCACAAUGUCGUGUAUGGCUUAAGUCAAGAGCGAACAUAUACGUGUGACUUAUUUGUUCUACCUAACGAUGACACGACAGUCAACGAACCGAUGUUCAUUUUUGAAGAUUAUGCAGCUCAACAAGUUCAAGGUGCACAAUCUAGUCGAUGGAUAUUAGAGAAGUCGAUUUUUGACAAAUUAAAUGCAGCUGCUGAUUUACCUAAUGCAGAUCGUUGUGAACAAUUAGACACAAUUAUAAAAGACUAUUGUAUGGAAAGAAUAUGGAUGGAUUCACCAAUAAUAAAAAGUGUAGCUGACUUACUUCCAUCGUUUGAUCAGAUUCGUAAUGGUGAAAUUGAUGUUGUUAGUAAUCAAGAUUUGAUUGACUCAAUUGAACCAUUCAACGAAUUAGCUGCAUGUUAUGCUCAAAUAGCAAUAAAAGAUCUCGAUCUAAAUCUCGUUGAUGAUCAAUAUCGUCCUUUAUUAAAUGCAUGCAAUUCUCUGGUCACUACUUUACAUGAACCAAUAACACUAUAUUCUACACAACUUCGUCUUAGACAUUUAUUUGAUCGUUUUCCUCGUCUCAAACCACUUCUGAUUUCAUUGGAUACAUAUGGUUCGUGUCUGAAAGAUAUUUUUACUGGACAACAGAAUGCAUUCGAUGUAUUCUUAGGAAACAAUGAAACUGAACAAACAUUACAACAGAUAAAAAGUAUUAUCAGUGGAAAUAAAACACAACAGAUAUUUCAUGCAAUAUGCCAACAUCUCCAUAUUCUAGACGAUCAGAGUAGCCAUAUAUCACUCGACGAUCGACGGCUACGUGUACUUUGGUUCGCUAGAGGAGAACACUUGGACGUUUUACCUGUUCUUCAUCUUUUACUUAAUUUAUCAGGUCAAUCAAGUUUAUGGAUUGAUUUACAUUAUGCGGAUAUGGAUCCAGUACAGCUCGCACAAGCUGAACAACUAUUCGAGACACAUUUGGCUAAUGAAACUCAUUUAAAUAUAACAUAUGAUCAAACAAUUGACUUGUUUAACAAUGAAAUCCUUGAAAAGAUUCCAUUCGAAUCCUUUGAUAUUGUGUUUGCUGCAAAUAAAUUACAGGAAAGUGAAGAUUUGACGAGAUCGUUAAUCAAUCUUCGUCAUCUACUUGUUCCUAAUGGUCUUCUUUUAUUACUUGAAUUAACUGAUGUUCCUCUCUAUUUUGAUCUUAUCUUUGGUUUACUCGAUAAUUGGUGGUUACCAUCUAGUAAUACACGUGCUCUUCAUAGUAUUCGUUAUUGGACUACAGCGUUAAAAGAAAUUGGUGGAUUUGAAGAUGUUGAGACAGUGAUGAGUCAAUAUGAAAGUACAUUAAUUAUUGCUCACAAGACAAUAUCUCAUAAGAUAUUGCAAACACUCGAUGAAAGAAAACAUCAAGCAUGGUUAUUCUUUGGCAAAAACGAUUCUGAAAGUCUUGGUCAUAAUGUCAUAUCGCUUUUGCCAUGUUCAAACAUUCGAUUUUUGGAUAUGUGUACAUCAACGAUUGACAAAAUUCUUUUUGUACUUAAAACUAUGAUAGAUAGCUAUAAACAACUAUAUAUUGUUUUUGCUUGGCCAUUUGAACAAACUUGUCUAAGUGAUAACAGCGAUUUGGCAUUUAAAGAACACGAAGAGUCUAUUUGUGGUGCAUUCAUCGAACUUCUUCAAAUAAUUCACGCAACAUCACCUAAUUUUUACCCUUUUAUUUUUGUAAUUACAAGGUAUGCGCAGCUAAAUACUGGUUCUGACUACAAUAUAAUUCAAUCACCACUUCUUGGUCUUGUACGAAGUUUAAUGGUUGAAUAUGAACAACAUCGACUAAAGCUCAUUGAUCUACAAGCAUCACCAACACUAAUUAAUGAAUCAGUUUUUGUUCAUGCUUUGGUAGAAUACAUGGUAACUUCUCGAUAUACAAAGAAUACUGACGAGAUUGUUCUUCGUUUUGACACAAAUGAAAAGAAAGCCAAACAUAUUACAUGGCAUUAUGAAAUGUUGCAAACACAUGAUAAAAAAGAAAGUCAACCAAAACUAAAACAAAUUUGUAUUAUUCCUCGACAAGAUGCUGAUCAACAACUAUUCUGUCUUCGUGUGCCUCCAUCUCGUUUUCUCACAGAAUUAACAUGGGUUCCUGACAAUAGAGCAAAAUCAUUACUACCAGGCAUGGUAGAAGUUCAAAUUCACUGCGUUGGUAUUAACUUUCGUGAUGUACUCAAAGCUCGAGGUCUUUAUCCACAUACACGUAUUUUUGCACAACUUGAUCAAGAUCAGUCACAUGUUAAUCGAGACAGUGAGCCAGGUUCAGAUUUUGUUGGUACUAUCAUACGUGCAUGUCCUAGUGUCAGUUUUCGGCCAGGGAAUCAUGUCGUUGGCAUCUCUUCAUGUGGUGUAUUUCAUUCACAUACCACUGUCGACGCAACACAAGUAGUGUGUAUUCCAUCCGAGUGUCCUCUCACCGAUGAACAAUUAUCAGUUAUGCCCGUCGUAUGUCUCACAGUCAUUUAUUCUCUCAAAUAUCGCGUUCAUCUACGACGUGAUCAAACUGUUCUCAUUCAUGCUGCGACAGGUGGUGCCGGUCAAAUUUGUAUACAGUAUUGUCAAUGGAUUGGUGCUCGCGUUUUGGCUACAGCUGGAACUGAAGAGAAGAGACGAUUUUUACGUGAACAUUGUGGUGUCGAAUAUGUAUUUAAUAGUCGAGAUACUUCUUUUGUUAGUGGUGUGAGAAGUAUUCUACCACAUGGUGUUGAUGUUGUCAUUAAUUCUUUAUCAGGUAUUCUUCUACAAGAAUCUAUUAAACUACUUGCUGAUCAUGGUCAUUUUGUUGAAUGGGGGAAAAGAGAUGUUUUUGGCAAAACUCAAUUGUCUAUGUUUGACUUUCGAUCAGAUUGCAGUUUUCAUGUAAUCGAUUUGAUUUCACUUCCCGAUCAACAACUACCUAUGUGCACGGUGAUGCUUCAAGAAAUGGUUGAUUUACUUACUCAAGGCAAAUUAAAAGCAAUCGAACCCACAGUUGUGUAUGAACCAUCUCAAGUGAUUGAUGCAUUUAUGAGAUGUAAUAGUGGUCAAGCUAUGGGCAAAGCUGUUGUUCGUUUAACCAAUUCUAAUGAAACACUCCAUUUGAACUGUAUAGAUCAUAAUAAUCCAUCCGAAGAUAAUGAUAUUAUGUUUCCUUCAACUGUUUGCCAUCAAGGAACAAUUCUGAUUUCUGGUGGAUUUGGUGGUCUUGGAUUGACAAUGUCUCGGUGGAUGAUCGAGAAACGAGGUGUAAAACGUAUUAUUCUUAUGAGUCGUCGGACAUUAGCUGCACUCGAGCAAUCUUCAAAUCCACAAUAUGAUGAUUGGUUACGAUUGAAACAAACAAUAAAUGAAUAUCAAGCUCAUGUUGAUGUUGUUCAAGCAGAUGUGACAAAUUUUGAUCAAGUAUAUGAUCUAAUCGAAAAAUUAAGUCGAAACUCUUAUCCUGUUCGAGGAGUUAUUCACAGUGCUGUGGUUGCAGAAGAUCGAACUUUAGUGAAAAUGACACAAGAAUAUUUGACACAUGUUUUAGCAGCAAAACUUCGUGGUGCUUGGAUUCUUCAUCAAGUAACACAGCUCACUCAGGCUCCUCUUCACUUUUUCCUCAUGUUUUCAUCAAUUCGAAAUCAUCUACUUGAAGUGGCAUCGUCUGGUUACAAUGCUGGUAAUCAAUUUCUCGACGCUCUUGCUCACUAUCGUAUGACUCAACUAAAUUUACCUGCUCUCUCAGUUAGCUUGCCUGCUGUAAGUGGUGCAGGCAUGUUUCAUCGACAACGAGAUAUGCUCAGCACUUUACAAAGUACACAUGGCUUUGAAGUAUUGCCACCAAUAGCUGUAUUCGAGUUGAUCGAACGCUUUCAUACAAAUCAGAAGAUUUGUCCAUGUCCUGUUAUUUUUGCUGUUAACUGGAAAAUAUUAUAUGAAAGACGUUACAAAUUACCAAUAUUUCAAUUGAAUAAAAUAGUAAAAGAACGCUAUACUACUAUGAAACUCGCAAAUAUAUCAACAACAUCAACUGAAAUUAAUAGCACAACUACUUCGAACUUGAAUCGAAAAGAAACUAUUAUUGAACGAAUUCAGAUAGCUGUAGCUCGUCUUCUGGGCUCAGCCGAUAUUGAGCGUAUCUUAGUUAAUUGUUCACUGAUUAGCCAAGGUAUGGACUCAUUAGCAGCUCUUUCAUUGUAUAACUGGUUAGGACAAGAGACUGGUGUGUAUGUACCAUUAGUUGAUUUACUUCAAGGAUAUUCUAUUGAAACUAUGGCAACAGUAAUUCAUAAUAAGCUCAACGAACGAUAUCAAGUUGUAUCAUCGACUACUAAAGAAGAGCACAUGGAUGCUGAUCUAAUCAAAGAAAAUGAAAUAAAACUAUCUCAUAACUCUAGUUACACUGGCAUAGAGAAUAUCAUCUGUCUUCAAAAUCCACUGCAGUGCAAUAAUAAUGUUUUCUUCUGCAUUACAGAGCAGUCAACAAGCAGUACUGAUAAUCUAAAUAAAUUAUUCAUUAAUAAAAUAUAUAAGCAACAAAAUCAAACAAGAUCAGUUAUGAUUUAUGCUAUAAAAAUAUCAUCAGUGAUAUCAACAAUAUCGACAUCUACUUAUGUUCGUGAUAUGAUUUUGCAAAUGCGUCGUAUCCAACCACGUGGGCCUUAUCAAUUAGUGGCUGUCCGGAAUAAACAGGAAGAAAUCAUUGCACAUGAAAUGAUACGACAACUCAAAGAUCAUCUAAUGAUUAUCGAUGUUCGACUACUUCUUUUGGACGAUUAG